AUGCUUAUAAUCUUCUUUUUCCUCUCGACCGUCUGGGUGGAGCUCGCCUUCACCCGGGGGGCUAUUGUCAACCUCCCCGGCUCUCGGAUUCAGGGCAUGGCGCUUGGGGGUUCCGAGGCCUUCAACGGCAUCCCCUUUGCCGAGUCGCCGGCCGGCAAGAACCGGUUGAGAAGGCCUGUUCGAAGAACUGAGGGCCUAGGAGAUUUUGACGCCGCCCGGAAGAGCCCCCUGUGCCACGACGGGUACUAUGAGCCAAACCCUUCGGAUUACCCGUGGCACAAGGAUCACCUUGAGCAUAGUUAUACCGAGCGGUACAACGUUAGCACGACUGAGGAUGCUCCUGUCCGAAAUUACCUCUCGACGGAGGACUGCCUGACCAUCUCGGUUACGCGUCCGGCGGGCACCAAGGCGGGAGACAAGCUGCCGGUCAUGUUCAUGAUCCACGGCUACGGGUUCGUCGUGGGAUCCCCCGAGCCAUACGAUAGAGACACCUUCCUCCAGUUUGGGGUCGACAACCAUCACCCGUUCAUCUUUGUCACAGCCAACUACCGUGUUGGUGCCUGGGGUUUCUUGCCCGGCAACGAGAGCAUCUACGGCGAUGCGACCAAUCUCGGUCUCUACGAUCAGCGGAUGGCUAUGGAGUGGACAUCGGACAACAUCGAGGCCUUUGGCGGCGACCCGGACAAGAUCACCCUCUUUGGUCAUGCCGCUGGUGGUGUUUCCGCCUUUGCCCAUCUGGUCAUCAACGACGGGAAUAUCACAUACAACGGCAGGGAGCUUUUUCACGGCGUCGUCAUGAGCUCUGGCAGUCUCAUGCCCGCCAAUGCUGCCGACUCUUCGAGGGCUCAGCUGGUCUACGACUCAAUUUCCGCGGCUGCUGGAUGCGAUAUCGCAAUGGAGUCACUGAAGUGCUUGCGGGACCUGUCCGACUUGGACUUUUGGGUGGCGAGCAACUCCAUCCCUGGCAUCAACGCCGUCGAAGCCUUGAGGCUCCUAUAUAUUCCCCGGCCAGACGGCAAGCUGCUUCGUGACAGCCCCGAAGAGCUGAUCAAGCAGGGCAAGUUCGCGCAGGUGCCGAUAAUCAUAGGCAAUCAGGAAGAUGAGGCCGCCCUGUUCACGCUGGAACACGGGCUGUUCGAGAACAAGGCCGGCCAUCAGCUCUGGGGUUACCUCAGGGAUUAUUACUUCAACCAAUUCACCCGGGACAAUGAAACUGCUCUGCGAGAAUGGACGUACCUCUACAGCGCCUUGCCGGAGGACGGCAGUCCGUUCCGCACCGGCGAGUAUUUCGAGACUUGGUUCGGCCGGAAGCUGGUCACCGCCACAAUGGGCGACAUCUUCUUCAACUUCCCGCGCCGCAUCGCGAUGCAGUUGAUCGCCGAAGCUGCUCCAUCCGUGCCGAUGUGGGGAUACACGGACUCGCACAAUCACGGUGACCUGGCCAUCUACGAGGGUCUCGUCGGUACCACGCACGGGUCCUUCUUGGAUUCGGUGUUUGCCCAGGGCGAAUGGGCCACGCUGCCGUCCUCUUACAGCACACGCGCGCACUUGAUCAACUUCAUGUACAGCCUGAAUCCCAACAAGGGCAUCGAGAGCAUCGAGAGUGGUGAGGGAGGCGAGGUGCUGCCGGGCCUGGCGCACUGGCCGCAGUGGACAAUGGACAUGCCGCGGCUGCUCUGGAUCAACAGGAAGCACAACGCGUAUGUCCAGGACGGCGAGCGGAAGAAGAUUUUCGAAGAGAUAAAGAAUAACGUGGCGUGGAUCAGACUCUAG